AUCCCCACUUUGCUUUUCUCCUUUUCCAUUUCUUUUUUCUAGCUUUAAAAUUAAAAUCACUGGCUGCAACAUAAGGACAACUACUGCAACAAGAUCAAUGCACAUUAACAAAAAAGAAAAAAAAAAAAACUGUAAAUUAUUCACAUUCUCUCAGCUAGCUUGGGACAUUCCAGCUCCUUUUGUGGUCUUCCAUGGCUUUUUCUUAUACCCCCUCCGGUCUCUCUCUCUCUCUGGGUUAGUAGUAUAGCUUUAUACCCAGAAUGGUAGAGUAGGUCUACUUUCUUUACUGUUAAUCUUUUUUGAAGAAAUCGAUUAUGGGUGGGUAGCAAGAGAUAAAAGGGAAGUUUUGAAUAUCAAUCAGCAACUUUUUAAGGCUAUGGAAAAGAGGAAGAAGGAUCACAAGCUCGCCCCCACUGCUGCUGCUCAAGAAUCCGAAAUGAAUGACUCAUGGACAAAGGAAGAUCAAAACCAAUCUGGUGUUGGAGUUGCUGGAAUGAUUACCAGAAUGGGUUGCUCUUCACAUGACAAGGCUAAUUCCCUUAAUCCGCAACUCCCACCAAUUACUCGAGGGGCAUACACACCUCAUCCUCCUAUAGAACAGUCACUGAGCAUUCCUAGGCCAAUUCCCACUCCAUCACCGUCCACAGUUGCUUUAAGCCAAUGGCAGCAACUACCACACCAGCAGCUGAACGCCAGUAGCCAUCAGGCCCAAAAUGGGCAGCCAUCACCGUAUAUAGCCCAUUCAACCCUGCCUUUUUGGCUGCCCAGCCAGCCUGAUUGCCAUGUUUUCGGGGCCAAUCUUCCUGUUUCUCAUCAGGCGUAUGCUCCUCUGGGAGCAAUUGAUCCUUCCUGGCAAGCUUCUGCGAUGAUCGCUGGAGGACAAACUUCAUCUAUAAACCAACUGCAGAUCCCCAGUCUCUGUUACCCUUAUCCAGGCUUUCCAGGUCCUUGGGAUUCUUCAUUUUGGUGGGCUCAACAUCAGCAACCAGUGCCUCCUUGUACUUAUGCUUUUCCAGGAGCAUCUGGUUAUUUCUCAUCCCUGCGGCCACCAGUGCUGGGAACAUCAGUUUCUGGACAAUCCUUUCAAAGAGGAAUUAUCCGGGUACCGGCGAAAUUUUCUCAGAAGCACCAACAACUUUGGGAAGCUCAAUCAGCGGAGAACAUUCAGCUAUGGUCUGCAAUUAACUAUUUGCACUCAGAAUUGGCUGAAUACAAGAGCCGCUUACUGAAGGUUGAAGCAGAGGUUUUAGCACUGAAACCGACAAUUGAAGAGGCUGCUGCCCAUGGUACUGAGACUGCUCCACCUGGAAAGACAUCAAAAAGGAGGAGACAAAGGAGACCAGCUGCUUCAGUUCAUGCCUUGCAUUCUCCCAGUGAGUCUCAUCCCCAAGUUUGUGGAAGAAAGUCUACAUUAUCUAAGAUUCAAACAUCACUCAAUUUUGAGAAGAAAAGCCUGAACAAUGUGGAAAAUAAAGGAAACAUAGGUAAUCUCACCUCAACCAUUCAGAAAGAAAAAGAUGAAAAAAUGGCACGCACCAUGACAACCAGCAGUGUUAAUGUUGCGAUUAAUGGAAACGACAUGGUGCCAACUGCAUUUCCCAAUCAACGCCAAGACAAUCCUGUAGUUGAAAUGAGUACGACUGACUUUAAUCUUGACUCAAAAACCAAGCAUAACAAUGGCAAAGCUGAAGACUCGAAAGCUGCAUCUCAGCAGAUUAAGGCGGUCUGGCCUGAUGGUGCCCUAACAACUUAUAUUGGAGAUUCUUACGGCAGGAGUAUUGUGUGGCCUUCGAACAUCUCCUCUGAAGAUUGCACAACUAAUACAGUGCAUAUGAGACCCCAGCCUCUAUAUAAUAAUGAUGGUGUUGUUGGGCAAGGAGGGAAGGUUGUUCACUCAUGGAAUUUUGGGAAUAAAGAAUAUGCUUCAGAAGAUCUUGAAGAUGCUGUGGUAGGAUCAGCUAAAGAGGAAGAUGAAGAAGAAGAAGAGGAAGAGGAGGAAAUUGGAGAUGACGCUAGCUCAGCUGCUGAAGAAAUAGAGGGAAGUAAAGAUGAGGCUGUUUCCAUGAUUGAUGCUUCGGAAGGCACCAGCACUAGAGGUUUGCCACAUUCAAAUAGCUGGUGAUUGAAAACUUACUCAUAUUACUCAACAUUUGCUUUACUAGACUUCAAGUUUAGUUGAUCGAGGGUACUGCUCACUUGGACUAACUUCUGUCUGUACGAACACGGGAGAUAGCUUUGCUCAAAAUUUUGCAGGAGAGCAGGAUCAAUCCAUUGCAGUAUCUGGCUGAGAUCUGUUUAUUUGACUUGAUCAUAUAUUACCAGGCAAAAUCUUUCUUCUGUCAGCUUCUUUUUGGCUUACUGUUUCAUUGUCGUCCUUUUUUAUUUUCUCGAGAUUAUGCAUCUUUAGAAGUUCGGUCAAUGCUGCAGUUGUUCCAUUAUUCCUCAUGCCAUAUAUGCUUGAAGCUAUCGUCGUUCUUCCUCUGAGGCAUGCAGUUUGUAAAUGAAUAUGAUUUUGCAUUACAUUGAUUCAAAUUCAUACUAAUUCAAAUCUAAUACCUCUUUCAAAUGCAA